CGCGGGGCGAGCGGGGCGGCGCCCAGGCUGCGCCGCUGCUGCAUUGGGCAGGGCGGUGGACAGCCCCCGUGCUCCGUCGUGUGGUGGGAAUUCUCGUGCUUUGUCGCUCUUCGUUGGUGUCUGAAAGAGGACUUCCCAUUGGAAUUUGUACCGAGAAAACCCCAGGUCUUUGCCACCAAGGCUGGCUAAGAUGCUUUGGCAAAUACUAGAGAUGUUAUGUUGGGAUUGUUGAGUGCAAGGGCUUUAUAAGCAAGAAUAUCGAGGAACAGAGCCUGAGUGGCUGAGAAAUUGAGUUGGGACUCAGGAGAACAAUUUGUGACUGUCACAAACUUCCUGUGUGGCCAUUGCAGGCAGUUGGUGUCGUACAGCACAGCAGCAGCACGGCCGUGAAUACAUACACAAGUACUCAAGUUUGAGGACCCUUUUCUUCGGCAGGCGAUAAAAGACAACGCAAAUGCAAGUUUCAUGUCCCUCUCUGUUAUUAGAAGCCGCUCUCCUUGAGAACGUCUGCACUAUGGCUGCUGAACGGCAUUACUCCCCACCGGAGAUCUCUGAGCCCACGCUGAUGGAGACUGUGCUGCACCACGGACUCUUCUUUGGAGCCAUUUUCCAGCUUCUCUGUGUGUUAGCCAUUAUCCUGCCAGUUUCCCAGUCCCGUAAGACAGACUCGGAUGGUUCUGGGACUAAGACCUGGGAGGCGGUGAAGAAACCAAAGGCAAGUGCUGCGCAGCUAAGUAAGAAACCCAAGAAGGAAAGCAAAAAGAAACGAUAAGGGCUUGACCGACAAGCCUCAAAAGACAGAAGAAUCACCUGUAAUGCUUCCUCAGAGAUUGUACCAAAGGCAUCCGAGUAUGUCGUCUGGUUUUCUGGCAUUGCCAUGCUUUACCUUUCGCAGACAAUGGAGAGGAACUGAGGAAACUGGAAGGGAAGGGCUUCUGAUGUGUUACAAGCAAAGAGUCAUAAGCAGGACUUUAUGUGAUGUGAUUCGUGGGUCAGUCCCCAUCCAGUGUAGUAUGAGACUGAAAUAAGGCUAGACAGGACUGGAGAGUGGGAGGUGGUGACGUAGCCACAGAGUAAGGCAUCUUAAGCUUCUUGAUGCCAGCUCACAUCUUGGUUUUUUAGACCACAAAUGAGUCAGUGGGAGGAGAACCUGCUGUGUGAGGUGCCUCAGGGCUCAGAGCGGCUUUGAAGGAAAGGCUUCUGUGGCAGGGCUGCAAGUCUGCCAUCUUUUUGCAUACGUAGACUGCCAUCCUCCAUUGACAAAGGCAUUGUGAGCCCAGGUAUGGCAGUAGUGCUGUUAGGUUUCUGGUAGAGAACAGACGCAGAACAGCACAUUUGCUGAAACCAUCAGUUUGCUGCUCUCCCUUGCUGUUGGUGGAAAUGACGAGUGGACAGCACAAGGAAAGCAGAACAAAGCAUGUGAGACAAAAGCACUCUGAAGUUGCUUGGACAUCUCAGGACAAAGAAACAUGACAAAAAUUUCCCAUGCAAACAACACAAACUGGUAUCGUUGUUGAGUUUCCAUGGGUGAGGAUGGUAGUUGUUUUAUCUAACUCUGUCCUUCUGCAGGUUCCCUAAAGGUGGGCUCUGUUGCAUUCUUCUAACAGAGGCACAACUACUGAAAGAGUAAUGCACGCAUUACCCAAAAUACAGGAGUGCUUCCACAGCCAAAAACUGGUUGCCAUGAGCCCUGUGUGGUUGUUACCUCGGAGCAGCAGGCUGCUUCUUUCUCUGACUGAACGAGACUGAAUGAGUCAUUGCUAACUGGAAAUCCUGGAUGCUGGGGUUUCAUUUUGGGGGGGGGUGUGAAUUGAGGAAAGCAGAUUAGGCUAAAAGUUAUGUGCCUUCAUGAGGUGUUGAAUCGGCAGCUGCAGAUCUGACCUUGCUAAGCCAGGUUCUCACUGCUGAUAACAGAUGCUUUUCUACGGACUUGGACAGUUAGUGCAGACAGCGGGUGUCCUGUCUUUGCACGUAACAUCGUUAGCUCCCCUAUCUCUGGAAUGCAAGGUAGCAGGCUCAAACAGUAAAACCACAAAUUAACAAAGAAGCGGCGGAUUGGUGAACAGAGUUGUGGCUGAUGAGACGACCAAUCAGAGCCACCCAUCGUAACCCAAGCCCAAGAAAAUAGCACCAUGACCUUCAUCAGAAAGACCACCGAGAGACACGCGUGUGUAAAAGAGCUGAGACUUGGGGCGGGGGCGGGGGGGGGGGUUGUCAGUCAUUUUGGGGACUCAUUGUAAUAACCCAACCUUUUCUUGGACAUCUAAUGCAUAUGUAAGCAGCUUGGUCUUUAAGUAUGUGCCUUUCUUGCCCUCCGGCAUGCAGGCUAGGUGGGCAUAUCCCCCGCUGCAUCUGGCGUGUGCGCAGCGCUGAUUAGACAUACCUGCUUUAUAACUACUCAGAGGUGGGAUUGUGCUGUAUUUGCAGUUGGUUCCGAACGGCUCGAUACCUGUUUUGAAAUGUUGAUUAGCUGAACUUACGGUAUGCCUUUAGUAAUUACCGUAUUCCACAUUUUAUUUUCUGUUGAAAUAUAUACUAAAUACAAGCAAAAUAUUUUUGUUUAAAAUAAAAACAAGAAUAACUUUUUAAAAA